AUGCCCUCCGCCAUUGAGAAUGUCCCUCUGUCUACGCGAGCUGCAGUCACUCGGGAACUUGGUAUCAGACCAGAGUUUACGUCUGAGUAUCCGUUGAAGCGGCCAUCAGACCUCGCUCCCGGCGAGUGCAUUGUCAAGGUCGAGUAUACCGGGGUAUGCCACAGUGAUCUCCACCUAAUGGCCGGAGAACGGGACAUCAAACCCGGACUUCCUAGUGUCGGCGGUCAUGAAGGCGUAGGACGUGUGCUCGCUAUUGGAAUGUAUACACCGAACAGCGCAAUCAAAGUGGGGGACAGAGUCGGUGUGAAGUAUGCCAUCAACACGUGUAUGCAAUGUGACCUGUGCCUCAGAGGCUAUGAACAACACUGCAUAUCCAGAACGAUUUCAGGAUACGACGUGGACGGCACAUUCACUGAACAUAUGGUCGCUUUCAUCCAGCAUCUCAUACCAAUUCCGGACACCCUCUCCAGCGCAGCAGCAGCACCAAUCCUUUGUGCCGGAGUCACUGUAUAUAACGCGCUGCAACAGCUCAGUAUCCCUCCCGGGAGCUGGCUGGUCAUCCCAGGCGCAGGGGGCGGCCUUGGCCAUCUCGGGAUACAAUACGCAUUAUGCAAGAGUCUGCGGGUCAUCGCCAUUGAUUCUGGCGACAAGCGGGACUUUUGUCUGUCUCUUGGCGCGGAGAAGUUUAUAGACUUUGUGGAGUCUAAGGACGUAGUCGCGGACGUACGGGAAAUAUGUGAUGGGCUGGGAGCACAUGCCGCUUUGAUCGUUGCGGACUCUAACAUGGCAUAUGUGCAAGCAGCUUGGUAUCUCCGACCGCAGGGUACGGCCUUGUGCAUUGGGGUUACGGAGACAGUGACCUUACCCAUGGCUCAUAUUGUUGACAUGGUGCGCUCAGGGCCUGAAUUGAACAAGCGAACAUCACUAACAGGAUUGCACAUAGGGCAUAAAAUAUCAGUGAUCGAGGCUCUGGCUCUUGCGGCGCGCGGUAAGGUGCGGUGCCACUACGUUGAACGUCCGAUAGAGGAGAUCAGUAGCGUACUCGAGGACAUGAGCAAGGGCAAGCUGAUUGGAAGAGCGGUCCUCAAAUUUUGA